AUGAUCACCAUAUUCAUUUCACCUGUCAAGUCUCUUCCAAUCAGAGAAGCUGAAGGGGAUGAGGAGAGGAUUUGGAAGAACCCUGCUCCAAUUCCAUCCACCAGGGCCCUACGAGACCAGGCCCUACCCCAAAAGGCGAGACCAGGGGCCCUACCCAAAACGAGACCAGGGCCCUACCCAAAAGGAACCAGGGCCCUACCCAAAAGGAGACCAGGGCCCUACAAAAGGAGACCAGGCCAUACCAAAAGGAGACCAGGGCCCUACCCAAAAGGAGACCAGGCCCUUCCCAAAAGGAGACCAGGCGCCUCACCCAAAAGGAGGACCAGGGCCCUACCCAAAAAGCUGUCCCCAGGGCCCUACCCAAAAGGAGACCAGGGUCCUACCCAAAAGGAGACCAGGGCCCUACCCAAAAGGAAGACCAGGGCCCUACCCAAGGAGAACAGGGGCCCUACCAAAAGGGAGACCAGGGCCCUACCCAAAAGGAGACCAGGCCCUACCCAGAAGAGAGACCAGGGCCCUACCCAAAAGGAGACCAGGGCCCUACCCAAAAGGAGACCAGGGCCCUACCCAAAAGGAGACCAGGGCCCUACCCAAAAGGAGACCCCAGGGCCCUACCCAAAAGGAGACCAGGGCCUACCCAAAAGGAGACCCCAGGCCCUACCCAGAAGGAGACCAGGGCCCUACCCAAAAGGAGACCCCAGGGCCCUACCCAAAAGGAGACCAGGGCCCUACCCAAAAGGAGACAGGAACCUACCCAAAAGGAGACCAGGCCCUACCAAAAGGAACCAGGGCCCUACCCCAAAAGGAGACCAGGGCCCUACCCAAAAGGAGACCAUGGCCUCUACCGCAAAAGGAGACUCCAGGCCCUAUCCAAAAGGACAACAGGCCCUACCCAAAAGGAGAACAGGGCCAGACCCAAAAGGAGACCAGGGCCCUACCCAAAAGGAGACCAGGGCCCUACCCAAAAGGAGACCAGGGCCCUACCCAAAAGGAGACCAGGGCCAUACCCAAAAGGAGACCAGGGCCCUACCCAAAAGGAGACCAGGGCCCUUCCCAAAAGGAGACCAGGCCCCACCCAAAAGGAGACCAGGGGCCCUACCCAAAAAGCUGUUCCCCAGGGCCCUACCCAAAAGGAGACCAGGGUCCUACCCAAAAGGAGACCAGGGCCCUACCAAAAGGAACCAGGGCCCUACCCAAAAGGAGAACAGGCCCUACCCAAAAGGAGACCAGGGCCCUACCCAAAAGGAGACCAGGCCCUACCCAGAAGGAGACCAGGGCCCUACCCAAAAGGAGACCAGGGCCCUACCCAAAAGGAGACCAGGGCCCUACCCAAAAGGGAGACCAGGGCCCUACCCAAAAGGAGACCCCAGGGCCCUACCCAAAAAGGAGACCAGGCCCUACCCAAAGGAGACCCAGGGCCCUACCCAGAAGGAGACCAGGGCCCUACCCAAAAAGGAGACCCCAGGGCCCUACCCAAAAGGAGACCAGGGCCCUACCCAAAAGGAGACCAGGGCCCUACCCAAAAGGAGACCAGGCCCUACCAAAAGGAGACCAGGGCCCUACCCAAAAGGAGACCAUGGCCCUACCCAAAGGAGACUCCAGGGCCCUAUCCAAAAGGACAACAGGGCCCUACCCAAAAGGAGAACAGGGCCCUACCCAAACGGAGACCAGGGCCCUACCCAAAAGGAGACCCCAGGCCCUACCCAAAAGGAGAACAGGGCCAGACCCAAAAGGAGACAAGGAACCUACCAAAAGGAGACCAGGGCCCUACCCAAGGAACCAGGCCUACCCAAAAAAGAGGCCAGGGCCCUACCCAAAAAGGAGACCAGGGCCCUAACCAAAAGGAGACCAGGGCCCUACCCAAAAGGAGACCAGGGCCCUACCAAAAAGAAACCAGGCCCUACCCAAAAGGAGAGAGACCAGGGCCAUACCUCUACUCUGAGUCAACAGCAGUCAGAGCCAUGCCUCUACUCUGAGUCAACAGCAGUCAGAGCCGUACCUCUACUCGAGUCAACAGCAGGCAGGCCAUGCCUCUUACUCUGA